AUGGCGAGUUUCCAUGUCGCCGACGCGUCGGAGUACCUGGCCAUCACCGGCUGGGGCAUCGAGGACGUCAAGCUGGCGAAGAAGGCGUGGGUGUUCGUGGGGCAGAAGUGCAAGAAGUUCAGCAUCUCGCCGGAGAACUACGAGUUCGAGGUGCACGCCAUGAGCGCCGAGAAGCUGCCCUUCAUCCUCCCCGCCGUGUUCACGAUCGGCCCCAAGAUCACGGCCACCAGCGACGAGGAGUCCGACAGGAAGGACCUGGAGGCGCAGCUCCUCCUCUACGCAAAGCUCAUCGCGCCGCUGCACACCUCGAGGAGCCAUGUCCACGAGCUGGUCAAGGGCAUCAUCGAGGGCGAGACUCGCGUGCUGGCGGCGGAGCUCACCAUGGAGGAGAUCUUCAAGGGCACCAAGUCCUUCAAAAUGAAGGUCUUCGACCAGGUGCAGCAGGAGCUGAACCAGUUCGGCCUCGUCAUCUACAACGCCAACGUGAAGCAGCUGGUGGACGUGCCCGGCCACGAGUACUUCUCCUACCUCGGCCAGAAGACGCAGCAGGACGCCGCCAACCAGGCCAGGGUGGACGUGGCGGAGGCUCGGAUGAAGGGAGAGGUGGGCGCCAAGGAGAGGGAUGGGCUCACCAAGCAGAACGCCGCCAAGGUGGACGCCGAGACCAAGGUGCUUUCCGUGCGGCAGCUGGGCCAGGGGCUCAAGGAGGAGGCCAAGGUCAAGGCCGAGGUGCAGGUGUUUGAGAACGCCAGGGAGGCCGACAUUGCCGCGGCCAAGGCCGAGCUUGCCAUGAAGAAGGCCGGCUGGGACAGGCAGGCCAAGGUGGCAGAGGUGGAGGCGGCCAAGGCCGUCGCCAUCCGCGAGGCCGAGCUCCAGAUGGAGGUCGAGCGCAAGAACGCCAUGCGCCAGACUGAGAAGCUCAAGGCCGAGCAACUCAGCAAGGCCACCGUGCAGUACGACACACAGGUUCAAGAAUCAAACGCCCUGUUCUACAGCCGGCAGAAGGCGGCGGAGGCGGCGCUGUUCGAGCAGACCAAGGUGGCGGAGGCGCGCAAGGCGCAGGCGGACGCCAAGUUCUUCGAGGAGAAGAUGUGCGAGGACGCCAAGCUCUACGCCAAGCAGCAGGAGGCCGAGUCCCUGGCGCUGGUGGGCAAGGCAAAGACGGAGUACGUGGCGUCCAUGCUCAACGCUCUCGGCGGCAACUACCACGCGCUCAGGGACUACCUCAUGAUCGACGGCGGCAUGUACGCUGAGAUGGCGCGCGUCAACGCCGGCGCGGUCAGCGGCAUGCAGCCCAAGAUCAGCAUCUGGAGCAACGGAGACGGCGCCGGCAACGGACAGGCUGCCCCCGCUGGCGGCGCGCUGCAGCAGAUGGCCGGGCUCUACAAGAUGCUGCCGCCGCUUCUGUCCACGGUGCAUGAGCAGACAGGGAUGCUGCCGCCGGCGUGGAUGGGCAAGCUGCCCGAGGACGGGGCUGCCAACUGA